AUGAGUGCUCCCCGCCAUGCGAUCAAUCAUUUUCUACGACACAGCUGUCGUAUCGUCACACCGCCAUCACACCUCGCAUCACUAGACAAAAAUGAAGAACAAACAUAUCCAGGGGCACUAACAAUCAAUGCCUCGGGCUUUGCCCAAUUCAUCCGCUAUGUACCGCUGAGCAUUGACUGCGAUCCGCUUGCUCCGUUGCACAAACUCGACAAGGAACUAUCGACUAUACCGGAAGAUGAAGAGCCAACCCCGGUUGUUGUUAGCCCGAAGAAGGAAAUUCCACCAGAAUACCAACAUAUCCUCGAAACAACCGAAUUUGAGACUGAACAUGUUGCAAAGAAGGGCCCGAAGAUUAUGGUGGACCAAAGCACAAGCACAUCUCUCGAUAGUGACAGCUAUUAUUCGUUAAUCCCUGUCAGCAAGCAGUCCAGCCAUGUCCAUCAUUUAGACUAUAUGAUAGGUUAUCAAAACCUGCGUGAAGGAAACUCUGCCGAAGCAUUCCGUUGCUUCCUAUCAUCUGCAAAAGGAGGAUGUCUCGAUGGAAUGGUGGCCCUCGCCGAAUUGUUCCAUCACGGCAUUGGGUGCACAAAGAAUGACCAAAAGGCUUUCCAUUGGUACGAAACGGCCGCCAAAGGAGGAGAUCUGUCCGGCCAGUAUCAUAGGGCUACUAUGGUACUCUCUGGCAAAGGAACCGAAAAAGACACCCCAUACGGACUCGAACUCAUGCAAAACUGCGCCGACCGCGGGCAUUCUGAUGCAGCGCUAUACAUGGUCAUUAAACUACUGAAAGACCAGGAUAUGCACUCAAGUGAGAGCUUCGCGCCGGAAGUCAUCCGCCACGCUCGAACUGCCCUGAAAGACCCGGGUUGCGAGAAGAAAAUGCGCAAAUUUGCGACCUGCAAGUACAUCCCGCUGAUCCCGAGGGCCGUUUUACAUGAAAUACUCAAGCCCAGUCCCCCAAAUUCGUCAACCGUCUCCACACAAAAU